AUGUCUUAAAAUAAAAGUAAGUUCGAUUACUUAGAUAGUUAUCUUACUUGGCGACUGUGGAGUAGGCAAAACAACAAUUCUGCACAAGUAACUUUACUGAAUGAGAUCAAGCUUCUUAGAUAUCAAUUAAUAACCUGAAACCACAAUUGGAGUUUAGCAUCAUUCAUUUUCUAGAAAUAAUAUAAAAUUUUCAAUUUGGGACACUGCUGGAUAAGAAAAAUAUAGAUCAAUUGUUUCAAGGUUUAUCCUUUAUUAUAUUAAAUAUAGUCAUUAUAAGAGAGCAAAAGCAGUCUUAUUAAUUUAUGAUUGUUCAAGAGAGGAAACUCUUUUACAUAUUGACAAAUGGAUUGAAGAACUAAUAUUUUAAGUAGGAACUAAAAUAAUAAUGAUUUUAAUAGGAGUAUUUGAGUUAUUUGAUUUUAUUUAGAAUAAAACAGACUUGUAAAAAGUUGAUUUUAAUGAAUCCGUUUAGAAUUUGUAAGAUAAAUAUGAAAUAACAUAUCAUAUAACAACAAAUCAUAAGGAUCCUGAAUUCAAAGAUAAAAUGACUUAGAUAUUCGAUUAAAUUAGCAUAAGUACUAUUUUACUCUAUAUUUUAUGUUUGGGAUUAUUGGUUCCAAAUUAAUAGUAUUCAUCAACUAAAUAAAUAUUUUCAUAAAAGUAAGAAGUUAUUCCUUUUAAAUCUUCUACACUUUUUAAUAAUCAUAAAUCUGGUGAGCAAGAAAUAAUAUUAAUUCAUUAAGAAAAACCUUAGGAUGUAUCUGGAGGUGUUUAAAAUGAUAGACAAUCUUGUGAGUGUUGA